AGAGAGACACGGAGUGAGAACAGAGAGAGAGUGUGUGCGUGCCUGUGCAUGCGUGCGAGAGAGCGAGCGAGCGAGAGAGAGAGAGAGAGAGAGAGAGAGUGAGGUAGAUAUAGAGCUGGCUCUGCGCUGUCUGUCUCGGCUCUGCUCUCCUCUCUCCUUCUCCGGUCAUGCUGAGCGUUGUUAGCAGCGCAGCCAUGCUGGGGGAGAAGCCCGCUUCCCCCGACUCCCUCGCCCCGGAUCCCCGCCUGCCCUCCGGCUGGAUGGGAGGCUCCGGAGCCGCAGUGCUCGCGCUGUGCGUGUUUGUGGCCGCGCUGUGCGCGGGCGCCGCGUUUCUCCUUUACCGGGCCGUUAGAGGACGCCUCGAGGAAGACACGAAGGACGCGGCGGGAGAGAAGCAGCACCGAGCCUUCGAGUCAACCGAGUCAACAGAAGUAAGUGAUGAAGGAGGCUCGGAGGAGUGUGAAACUGAUUCCAGCGAAGCAGUGAUCCUGUCCUCUGCCAACCACACAAAAAUAUCUACGGGCCUUCCAGAGGAGGACCUGAGAGAAACCACCAUUGAGAACCUGAAUGAGCCCACUGAGGAUCUUCAACCUGGCCUGAUAUUCGACACGAGAGAAACUAAUGGAACUCAGUAUUCGGAGGGCUACAAGGGUCUCGUCAAACAGGAAGGUGACGCCACUGAAAGCGUUAAGGUGGAGGCCGAUUUGUUCAAUUAUCAGUACGAGGGAAGCAAGCAUGUCGAAAGCGUGCACGACGUUGAGGAGUUUGAAACUGAAUUGCAUGGAGAUGUGGACGAGCCGUCUGAAACGGAGAGCGCCCAGGAGACUUUGGAAGCUAAAAAUGUUCCUGUUCACAAGUGCCAGUCUGUGGAGGAUCUGCUAGACAACACCCUCUUGGCUCCAGAUGUUGUGAGCAAGCCUAGCAAGACUGAGCUUGCUGUAGCUGAGUCAGGGUUACACUUAUCAUCCAGUACCACGGAAGCCGAUCACAACGCAACAAAGACAGAAGAUGAGGAGGCAGUUAAGAAAGGCUUUGAGAACAACGUUGACCACCUUUUUCCUCAAGUGACUGAGUUUGACUGCUGCUGUAAUGACAAACAGUCGGAUCUACCGAGCUGUAAUUUGGUAUCAGACAAACCGGACAGCAUGCGGGACCAGGUACAAAGUCAACAAGACUUUGGCAGCAGCAACAGUUUGGGGAACAGUGUACAAAACAGCAGGUGUGACCCUGUUCUUGACCAUCCACAGCAAAGUUACUUGGGUUUCACCACACCUAGCCUGCAAAGUGAUUCCACAGGACAGGUGCAGCUCCCAGAUGCGAGCAGGGAACGGUCAGUGGUCACGGUGGGCUCCAGUGUGAGUGCACCAGUGGAAGCAAGCCUUGACAAGAAUGAGAUCAACAUCAUGGAGGCCAUUAUGGACAGCAACGAGUGGCUUAGCACUGGACCCCCAGACACCAGAGAACUUCCCUGGCUGACCCAAACGCAAAGUAACGUCGGAUAUGGAUGUAAGACCAACACGUCCUCAGUAACACCUGUUACAAGUAACACCACAGACAUAUCCUGGCUAAAACCAGCUCCAGCUAACACCAGUGAUGGGCCUGUCACUGAAGAGAGCUGGUCGCCCCAAGAAAAGACGGAAGGUUUCGUGGUGGCUCCGGUGGACACCGUCAUUGGUGUCGCAGAUGACGAGGAGGAUUUUCUGAAUAAGAAAGUGGCCGCGGUGUCACCGAUGCCUCAGAUGGUGCGGGUGAGCUUCAGGGUGCACUACAUCACACACUCCCCGAGCCAGCUGCUUGCCGUGACGGGGAGCCAGCAGGAGUUGGGCACCUGGGAGAGUUUUGUUCCGCUUCAGCGGGUUGAAGACUGGUUCUGGGCCAACACCAUCACCCUUCCUACGGAGAAGCAGGUGGAGUGGAAGUUUGUCCUGGUGGAGGAUGGAAAGAUCAGGCGCUGGGAGGAGUGUGGAAACCGCCACCUUCUGGUGACGGGACAAGAGGAGGAGAUUCGCCUUGAUAAGUGUUGGGGUUACAUGUGAAGUGGAAAAUGACAGUAACUGAUACCUUACAGCAAUAACAAUAAUAAUCACAAUCGCGGGUGCAUUAUUUUGAACAGAUGUUAGCCUAAUUAUUGAAUAUUAACAAGCUAUCCAAAUGAAGCAUGAGGCUGUGGUACUGUUAAUGUAGCAAUAACCCAAUAUAUUUACAAAUAUGCACAUUUUCACUUCAAUCAGUGAUUUGCUUGUGUGUCAGUUUAUAUCUAAAUGUGUUGAAAGCGUCUGUCCUGAUUAAAACUUUGGCUCUUUGACCAGCAAUAACUAUAUGUAAAUAACUAAUGGCUUGUCCCACCCUACUCAGAGAUAUGGUUUAUUUUCCCAGUGACUUAAGUGUAAUUGUAGUUAUCCGGUAUCGUUUUUCCAAAUAGAUGUUUAUGUAUAUAUCAGAAUAUUUUGUAUAUAAGCUAAUAAGAGCUGUAUCUUAUCUCUAAUAAAGCAGCAUCCGUGGCUAUUAACCGCGCUAAACUGUAUUUGCACAAAACUCGAAACUGCUCGGCAUCAGCGCUGAAGCUUUUCCUCGUGUUGUGACAUUGUGAAUGAAUCGGAUUUGCAUGUCGGUGUUGGUGUUUAUGUAAUCAGGGAAAGUAGCUCUUUCGGUGCCAGCGCAGUGGGCCGUUGAGUUAUCGGCCUGCUUUCGGAGCACAGCAGUGAGCCACUCUUACAGCCAAAAUCCCUUUUUCCCACAGCUUCCUGAGAGCUUGGCAGCACGCUCCGAUGAGCUGAUGAUCCGAAACCCAGUUUAUCCCACCUUAGCCCACAUCCCAGCCCGUGAGUUUAGCUGGAUAACUUAAAAGGGCACUCCGGCCUAAAACUACAGUUUAAAAAGUUGAUGGUUAUUUGUCAUAUGUUGUAUUCUGAAGCUUAGCUUUAUAUCCCUCAGCCUCAUUGGUUUGACUCGAUUUUCAUGCUUUCCUUUAGCAUCUCAAUGCCUGUGGUGUCAAUCAAUCCUUCUUGCUAGCUUAGCCAUUGACCACUAAACCAAGCUAGCAUUAGCGUAAAAAUCUUACCUCAGUUUUCAAACAAAAUCCUGAAGAAAACCACCGUUCUGUCUUUAUUUAGCACAAAAAGGAUACCAAGUCUUUUACCCUUUCAGUCAAAAGGGUAAAAAGAAGAAAAAAAGCUAAACUGAGGCAAAGUAUGUGUAUAGCUUACUUUAGCUUUGGCCUCUGAACCAAGCUAACAUCAGUGUAAGUUGUACCUCAGUCAUCAAACAAAAUUUUAAAGAAAACCACAAUUCUAUCUUUAUUUAGCACAAAAGGACACCAAGGACCAAUUUUUUAACCUUUUAGCCCCAGAAAAGAAGCCAAACCGAAGGGGUCUAGAUUAGCUUAUUUUAGCUUUAGCCACUGAUCACGUAGUGUAAAUGUUACCUUCAUUUUAAUACAAAAUAGUAAAGAAAAUCACUACUCUGUCUUUAUUUACCACAAAAAUGGUUCCAGAUCAUUUUUUAAAGAAAAAGGAAGGUAAACUGAGGUAGCUGGAUUAGCUUAUCCAACUGAAAAAUAGCAGCACAGACCAGCAGCAACAUGCUGGUCUAAACUGGUCUAGAGCUGGUUUAGCUGGUCAUCUAGCAUGAUCUUGCUGGUUGACCAGCAUACCAGCAUUCAAAAUACAACAUUUGCUGGUGGCCAGGCCCGUGGUCUAUGUUUUUUCUAGCAGGGUGCUUUAACUUUUGCUUAAGCUUUUAACUAGUCCUCCUCAUCUGAUGAGUCAUUUUAUUUCUGUUGUUUGAGUAAUCCGUUUUCCCCAAUGAAAUGAUGAUUUGACGAUGAUUUGAAGCUGAAUACAUCUUCCUAGCGGUAAGGUUAGCUAUCUGAUGACUUGUUCACCAGCUAGCAAGGGAAAAAAUGCAGUUUUAAACAGUCUACCCACAAAAAAUCAACCCCAAAGCAGUUGCAGUUGAAGCUCAGAUGGGAUUUUUCUAGUCUUUAAACCACAAAAUCUCACUGUAGAGACUACCAAGCAUGUUUACAGAUGUAGGGAUGGUUACGGUUUUUCAUUUAGGCCGGAGUGUUUAAGCUAAAAAGCGAAGAUUGUCCAGUUGGAAUGUACUUACCUUUUGUUCAGUUGGCUGGCAUUGACACCUGAAAUCUCCCUAAAUGAAAUAUGUUUUGAACUGUUGUAAAUAAAAACACAAUCUGUGCAAUAUGGAUAAAACAACGUGAUUCUUUUUUCUGAAUCUGUAUGAAACGUUGUCCACAUUCUUUAAAGGCUUUAAUUAACGUCAAUAAGAAAAAUGCAUUUAUCACCACAAAUUUGCCUUAUAAAGACUCUGAUGUGCUGCUGUUGGUAUUAUUUUUACUGUAAAUAUGUCUGCUCAUUUUUAUGUUCAGUGUGUGUUGGUGUUUGUCACAGUUUGAGUUCAUAUUUCAGAUUCUCUGUAGUUUUAGUGAUAGCCAGUGAAACUAAUAAAGUGAAUUUUUAAGACAAA